UUAUGUUCUAUUCUCUUGCCGCCGCUGAAGCUGUCAAGCCCCAUGGUUCUCCUCUUGCGACUGAAAGGUUGAAACCCUAGCUGAAAGUAAUUUCUUGCUAUUACUUCCUCCGACGUUCAGAGUUUCUGUCUUUUCUCUGUCGUCUGCGCCGAUCGUUGCUGUCGGAGUGUUUGAUCCAGUCAAGAAUCUCUCUACUUGAAGAAGUAAUUGAUGGCAGAAAUAAGUCAGGGUAUACUUAUUGAUAUUGUGGACGAGGAUUGGAUGAGAGACACUCUUCCUGAUGAUGAGCUGGAAUUACCACCAGUGGUUGAUCGGCCUGAUGAUGCUGAAGACUCAAACCAGGAGACUCAGCAAAAGAAUGAAGAGACAUGGCAUGAUCUUGCUGUGAUGUCUCAGUGAGACUAUACGAUGUUAAGUGUGAUCUUGCAUAGGACCCUUUUAAGGUUGUUAAUGUUUGUUAUGUUAGUUUAUGUUCUGAGCUGUAACUAAGCACUGCUUUGUUGAAAUGCAAUUCACUCAUUUGAGCCU